AUGACUAAUUACAUGACUGUGUUUAUCAGAUUCAAGAAUUAUUACAAGGAGAUCCGACAGGUGUGUUCGGUGCCGUUAGCGGUGUUGGUAGAUGAAGGGAUUGUGGAGUGGAGUCCGUUGCGGGAGUCGUACUCAAAGGCUUUGAGUGGAAGUGGGUGUGAGACGGAGAGCGGGUUGGUGGUGCCAUCUCAUGUGGCUCAGUUGGUGUAUUUGUUACGUGUUCCACGUACAGUGCGACACAGUGGCGAAGCAUUUCCAAGUUCGGACGAGCUGUACGCGUUUGUGGAGAACGUGAAGAAUGGGGAGCCAAUGUUGGAGCCGCCUAGCGGGAAUGUCAUGAUGGUGAGUUUGGGUGUAUUAUUGCGUAGCUUUGGACCAAUUCUAGGUAAGGAUAGCUGGCACCAUCUGAAUGAAUAUUUGAACGAGGAAUAUGAGCCCACCUAUGAAGUCUUGCUGGAAGUCGCCUAUAAUCUUAUGAACCCUGUUCAAACCUUCCUGUUCAACGGUGUCCUAUGCUGGGCUGGCCAGUGGCUUCUCUCCGCACCCGCCUUCCCCGACUACGCCGCACCCGAAGACCUACUCGCACAAUUCGUGGCUCCAGUACUCACCCGACCACUCACCGAACCCACUAGAGCCGACGCACCUCUCAUCCAAUUCGUUCUACAAUGUACACGUGACACUCUGCAAAAUAUAGACACCGUCAUCUCCACUUGGCAAGAAUACCAAACAGACAAUCAAGACGAAACCAACAAUGGACAGGAGGAAUACGUAGAGGAAUAA